CUCUCUCUGGAGAACACGUUCCCCGGUCCAUCGCUCUUCCGCUUUCAGUUUCUCUGCUCCCCUUUCCUCCUGCUUCCCUGUUCUGUUCUCCCAUUUUUCAGAUUUUCUUCUUCCUCCUUCUUUGUUUCGUAAUUUUUUUUUUUUGCGGUAACGGUCAGUGAAACAGGACGCUAAUCUCUGCUCGUUAUUUCUUUUCCCCGAAAAUACAAUAAAAAGUGGGAAGAAAAAAUCUCGGGAAAAUUUUCCAUUUUUGGUCUAAAUUUUAUCUGGGUCUUGAUUUUUUAUGAUUCGUCACCCAGCUUCCACAACGGGUCUUCGUCGAGAGAGUCGGGUUGCAUCUGCAAAUGGAACGGCUCUUUCCUCCCUCGAAAGACCAGUGCCGUCGCACAGUUCAUCGUCCGAGCCAUAGGCAAACCGUGGGCGAGUUUCCGUUUGCGUAACGAGAACGGGGACAUGGACGACAGGAAAGAAGCUCGAAGAACCAGUCCAAUGGAGAACAUCUCUCUGCGUCUCGAGCGGUUCCCGAGAGAUCUGCUUCAGAGAUUUACGUCGUCGCCGAGUGCGUCUAGUAGUGUCGCCGCGCCACGGUCGCGCCAAUCGUCGGAGUACAAGACGCCGAACCAGGAAACAGAGGAGCUCGAGCUGAGUCUAGGGCUCUCGUUGGGAGGCCGAUUCGGGGUCGACAAGAGCACCAACAGACUGACCAGAUCGUCCUCCAUUGCCGGGUCGUUCCCACUGUUCAGGGAGGACGAUUCGGCGGCAACGACGACGACGCCGCCCACGCCGUCUUUUACGGCUCUGGUGAGGAGCAGCUCUCUGCCGACGGAGACGGAGGCGGAAUGGAGGAAGAGGAAGGAGAUGCAGACGCUGCGGCGGAUGGAGGCGAAGCGGAGGCGGUCGGAGAAGCAGCGGACCGUGAAGGAUGAUAGGCUUGAGAUCGAGACCCAAGUGGGUGUUCUGCCUGCUAAACAAGGAACAAGCGGCUGCAGCGAUGUGAGAAGCUCCCUCGGCAGUCAGACACUGCAACAGCGGGUAAGUCAGGACACCAUCGGUUCAUCCGGGGGAUCCUCAAUAGAACAGAUGACGAGCACCCAGAGACCAGAUCCUUCUGAGAGCAGGGACAACGAAAUUGCCGCCGGCACCAUGGAGGACAUGCCUUGUGUCUUCACGAAGGGUGAGGGCCCAAACGGGCGGAGAGUCGACGGGAUCCUCUACAAGUACGGGAAAGGGGAGGAAGUUCGAAUAAUGUGCGUGUGCCAUGGGAGCUUCCACUCUCCGGCGGAGUUUGUGAGGCACGCCGGUGGAGGCGAGGUCGCUCACCCUCUCAGGCAUAUCGUCAUAAGCCCGAACCCAGGUCCUUUUCCGCGGUAAAUUCUCAGGCUCAUGUGUUGCUUCAUAACACCCCUUAAAAUUGGUUCGGGAGGAAGUAGAGGAUGCGAAGUAAUAUUAGAUAGAACUCGAAUGGAAAAUAGGCUUAUUCGAAGAUCGAGGAUGUUUCAUAUUGCUUACAAAUUUCGAAUGAUGUAUGAUCAAAUCUGUACAUUCACCAUAGAAGAAAUUGAUCCCAGCAUUCGGAUC